AAUUUUCAUAUACUGAUUGUGUUCUCACCUAUGUUCUCCUUUUUCGAAUUCGUAAGUAGUUCAAAAUUUUUUAUGUUCUUUUUGGAUCCUUUGGUAAAUUUUCAGAAUUGGUUUGGAAUAAUUUAACCCAAAAUUGAGCAAUACAGACGCGGAUAUAAUAAAAUAAUAAUGGCAUCAAUUGAUUUCAACGGUGUACCUAAUGUUGAAGUUCAAAACGAAACGAAUAUGUCAACUAUUGCAAAAGUUAAUGAGGAAGCUGUGGUUUCUAAAAAUGUAUUCGGUUACGAUCCAACAAAAUUUUCUUAUUGCAAAGAAAAGAGUAUAGUUAAUUUUCUAAAAGUUGGAGAAUCCGGUGAGCUCCGAUUUAUGGCAGAAAUAAAGAAGGGUGUAUUUAGUAUUUCAAUAUGGCCUCAGAAUACAGAGCUUGAGUAUGAACAAUUAGUGGUGGAACUAGAGUCGUCGCUCCCGGAAUGUACUCAAUGGAAAAAUCGUAGACCAAAUAUAGGAGAUUAUGUAUUUGGUCAGAAGGAGGACGAAACUUGGGUUAGGGGAUACGUUUUAUGUGUGAUACCACAAGUACAGCUGGCUUCGAUCGAAGACACUAAAUUAGAAACAGUUGAUAACAUUGCUACAAUCGAAGAUCCCCUUACAGAUAUGUAUGCAUUUACUGGUGUAUGUGAAUUAGCUGAUGUUACAGAAAGAUUUCUAGAAGAUGUAGAUUAUAAAUAUAAAGUAACAGGCCAAACAAAUAAGGAGAAACCAGACGAAUUUGAAAUAUUAAUUCUUAAAGGAGAUAAUGAGAUAGAAGCUACUGUAAAACCUUGGAUUCCACUGCCUGAACAAUUGGAUCCAUUUUUUAGUCAAGUGCAUAAUGAUACUCCAGUAUGCAUUACUGGUUAUCGAAAUCAUAUAUCUUUGUAUAUUCGUCCCUUAGAUACUCUAGGUUUGGCACACUAUAACUUUAUUAUGGAAAGUGUUGCAAAAUGCGCUGAAACAUCUCCAUUUUUGAAAGAGCCAUCUAAUGGGGACAGGACAUUAGCACCGCUUCCUAAUGGCAAAUAUUAUCGUGGAUCUGUUUUUCGUAUACAAGAUGAUAAAGUGCAAGUUGGGUUCGAAGAUCUUGGUCGCAAAGAAUAUGUAGAUGCCAAGACACUUAAGGUUUAUCCUGAUUAUUUAACCAAACUUGGAUAUUGUUUAACACAAGUCUAUCUAAGAGAUGUUCCUAAAAAUAUCCCUCCUCUAAAGCCAAUAGUUGAUUAUCUGGACAGCCUAGUGGAAAAUGAAGUUCCUCUGUUAUUAACAUUUAAUGGUCUACCUUACACAGAUGGUGUAACUCUGAAACAGGCUGACGGAGAAACCGUUAGUGGUAUGAUACAUAAAUGUCUCGAGCCGCUUCGUGUGAAACCUAAAGAAAUCAAAAGUGAAUCUGAGGAAAUGAAAAAUGAAUCAGAGCAAAUCAAAAAUGAAUCUCAGAACUAGUUACUCGCAGUAGCUGUAUUAAAACAAAAAUUAUUCAGCGUGAUCUUGUAUCUGUGUGUCGUAUAUAAUGUGUAAUUACCAUUGGUUAAAACCAAAUUAAUUGGUGAAUGUUUAAUACCAGAUGUGGGGUAAAAAAUAAACAAAAAAAGAAGCAUGCAUCCCAUUAUGCAAAAAGGAGAGCAUAUUAGUUCUAAUGUUUGAAGCUAUAGUUGAGAUAUUUUUAGUUAAAAUAGUUGAAGCAUGAUUUGUUUCUUGAAAGUAUUUUAAUAUUUUUAGAAGACAUUCCACAUUUUGAUAUUAUUGUAUCUUCUGUUAUUUAACAGUUCAAAAAUUUGAUAUCAUAAAUUAGAAAUUGCAAUGUGUCACUCAACUACUAUGUAAGAUCAGUACUUUUUGAACACUUUUUUUAUAUUUACUUUUGUCAAUAUUAUGUUUUAUUUCGGUGAACCUCUAUAUUCAACAUACUUUUUUCGCGACUUGUAUUUUUUGUACAAUUUAUAAUAAAUAUGAAGUGAAAAUAAAGAGUUUGCUCAGUGUAGUUAA